AUGACAGAACAGAUCACUCUGUACACUGCAAAGGUGGAACUUGCUCUCAGUGAAUCCAAGCUUCCAUACAAGCGAUUUGAGAUUGACCUACAAAACAAGCCUGAGUGGUAUGCCCCUAAAGUUAACCCUGCAAGCAAGGUACCUGCGAUCUCCUACGGCGGCCCAGACGUGCCCCCCGAAGAUCCAUCUCCCGACUCGCAGAAAAUUGCAGAAUCAUACGUUCUUCUUCAAUUUUUUGCAGAUAUAAGCGAAGUGCCCCUUUUGCCCAAAGAUCCAAUAUUGCGAGCCAAAGCACGUUUCUUUGUCGAGACAGUCACUCCCAAGGCAUUCCGCGGGUACUAUACUGUUGUCGCUCAAGGCGAAGAUCCCGAGCUUCUUUUGGACUCCAUUGAGACUGUUCAGAGUCUCCUUCCUGCUGAAGGUUACGCCGUUGGAGAGUGGAGCAUUGCGGAUGCUGCAAUCACGCCUUUCUUUGCCCGAGCAGAAGUCGCCUUUAAGAACGACAUUGGGAAAUUCGCAAAUGGGGCGGGGCAAUCAACAUGGGCCAAAGUUGAAAAUGACGAUAAAUACGCCAGGUUCCGAAAGUACUUCAACGAUAUAAAGAGCAGAGAUAGUUUCAAGCAAACCUUUGACGCAGACUAUAUCAAAGAAACAUUUAUGAAACGCUUUGCAAAAGCCUAG